AUGCCGCCCAAACAGCCCCAGACUUCGUUGUUCCAGGUUUUCCUGCGUCUACGGCCCCCAAUGUCCCAGAAUACUGACGAAUCUGGCCGUUUCCUCAAUGUGGAGCCUCCUGAGGCCUCACUGGACGACACAGAAAUUGUUUCGCCGGGAUCGACACAUAUCACGCUGCAACCACCAAAUGACACGAGAAAACGCGCAGUCGAGCGCUUCGGUUUCACCAAGGUCUUCGAGGAAUCGGCGUCGCAAUUGGAUGUCUUUCAUGACACCGGAAUGGAACCCAUCAUCCGGGGAGUCCUAAAGGAGAAUCGAGAUGGUCUGGUUGCGACUCUUGGAGUAACAGGCAGCGGAAAGAGCCACACUAUUCUGGGAUCAAAAACACAACGAGGAAUGACCCAAAUGGCGCUCGAUGUGAUAUUCCGUUCCCUGGAGCCGACAAUCAAGAACGACGACGGCAGCAUCACUCCCGUGAUGAUGGCCUCAUUAGCCACAGCAGAUGCAUCCGAAGCGCAAUUGUUCUCGGCGCAAACUUUCCUGGAGGCCGUAUAUGGCGAGCCAACCGGACGCUCGUCAAGAGCGCAAACACCCAUGAGCCCUGGCCGUGCUGGUACUCCCCUGAUGGUACGAAGCCCCCCUACCUUGAAUACUCCCAUUGGAUUGCCGACCCCGCGAACCCCCAAAACUGGAUCGUCUCUCCCGAGACCGAUAUCCCAACCUGGAAGUCCCCAGAAAGCAGCCAUUACCCAUGGUGCUAGCCCCAAAGGCACUAACCGAGCUGGUAUCGGCCAGACCGAGACAGCCAAGAUUGCCACUGGAUUCUCCAAACCCCUCCCGUACACCCAUUCCAAUGUAUCUGAGCUGCAGACCGCUAAAUCUCGAUUUUACUUUUUAAAGGAACCCUCUCCGGCACUGAACUUUCCCCGUCGCCACCCACGCGAAAGGCCCGAUGCCCUCCCUCGACUGCCUGAUAUGAGCCACCUGACUGUUGACAUGGAUACCAAAUCCGACUACGUUGUGUUGGUAUCCAUGUACGAAGUAUACAAUGACCGAAUCUUCGAUCUCCUUUCUCCGGCAAUUGCCCCCGGCCAAGGAAGCACAAUGUCCCGCGGCAACAACCAAAAGGAUCGACGACGCCCAUUGCUUUUCAAGCCAACCGAAGGAUCGCCAGACCGAAAAUUGGUGGCAGGUCUUCGCAAGAUUGCUUGCGCUAACUAUGAAGAAGCUCUCGCGAUUUUGGAUGUUGGUCUCACCGAGCGUAAGGUAACUGGAACCGGGAUGAACAGCGUCAGUUCUCGAAGCCAUGGCUUCUUCUCUAUUGAGGUGAAAAAGCGCACAUAUUCGAAACGGACCGGUGACUACAGCUGGGUUGGAAACGCCCUCACUGUUGUUGAUCUUGCAGGCUCCGAGCGCGCGAGAACGGCGAAGACAGCAGGCGCCACCCUAGCCGAGGCAGGCAAGAUCAAUGAGAGUUUGAUGUACCUCGGCCAAUGUUUGCAGAUGCAAAGCAAUAUCCAGGAAGGAAUGAAGACCGCGCUUGUUCCAUACCGCCAAUGCAAGUUGACGGAGCUUUUGUUCUCAAAUUCCUUCCCGUCGUCUUCCCAGAUGUCCCGGGGACAGUACCCACAGAAGGCUAUUAUGGUCGUGACCGCCGACCCGGUGGGGGAUUUCAAUGCCACUUCACAAAUUCUACGCUACUCUGCCUUGGCCCGUGAGGUGACCGUUCCUCGGGCCCCAUCAGUCUGCGAAUCCAUCAUUUCCGUCGCCUCUAGCAGUCACCGCUCCGCCAGUGGCCGCUCAUCACACCACUUCGAUGGCACCGAGGAGCUUGAACGAGCUGCCGCAGAGAUCAACCGCCUCACCCGUGACUGUCACGCCCUAGCUGUUAAGCUUGCAGAGGAGGAAAUAGCCCGCUCUGAAGUUGAAACGCGGCUACAGGCCGCUGAAGAAAGAUGUUUGAUGGUCGAGCAAGAUGUUCGCGAGGAAUGCUGGGCUGAAAUGGAUGAGAAAAUGGAGGAAGAAAGGAAACGGUGGCAAAACGCUUGGGAUGAGCAGGUAAAUACCAUCCAUCAAGUACUAUGUGCGAAGCUAAACAUUGUCAGAUCGGUCGCAACGAUGAGCAUAUCGACAAGAAGGUCGAGCUUGUCUCCCGUGGAUUCCAGAGUACUCUUCGAAGAUACCGAUUCAAAUGAAAGAAUGGACGAAUUGGAACAGGAGAAUGACCAGCUGCGCCGCAAACUCGCUGCUUUUGAGCGCGAGAUGCUGAGCAAAUCUCCCUCACGGAAACCCCGACCCAAGAACGCCCCAUCCGCGCGUUCUAACCUUCAAAGCCGUGAAAGUGAUAUUGAGAAUGCAUUGCAACGCAUGGAUCAGCUGAAGCUCGCUGAUACCAUGUUUGCUCCUCCAUCCCCCACCACGUCGCCUAUCAAAAAGACCCGGAAAAUGGGGACCCGCAAAUGGGACCUUGCCCCUGAGGACGACAUCUAA